CAGCGUGGCGCGGUCACCAGCUCCCUGCCAGCAGCCUUGGAGAGGCUCAGGGGACAGGGGAACCUCACUGCUGCGCAGUCCCGCACCGUCGCCGGCUCUCCCCGACUCUUGGCAUCUCUUGCUGCAACUGACAAGGUAUUGAUGUCAAACUGGACCAUUCUUCAGAGCCAGUAAUCUUUAGAAGAGGAUUUGGGAAAGCCUUUGGAUUACACUGAAACUCAGCCAAGAUGGCCAAGUAUGGGGACCUUGAAGCCAGGCCAGACGAUGGGCAGAAUGAAUUCAGUGAUAUCAUCAAGUCUAGAUCUGAUGAGCACAAUGAUGUUCAGAAGAAAACCUUUACCAAAUGGAUAAAUGCUCGAUUUUCAAAGAGUGGGAAACCACCCAUCAAUGAUAUGUUCACAGACCUCAAAGAUGGAAGGAAGCUCUUGGAUCUUCUUGAAGGCCUCAUAGGAAUGCCAUUGCCAAAGGAACGUGGUUCUACAAGGGUGCACGCCUUAAAUAACGUCAACCGAGUGCUGCAGGUUUUACAUCAGAACAAUGUGGACUUGGUGAAUAUCGGAGGCACUGACAUUGUAGAUGGAAAUCACAAGCUGACUUUGGGCUUACUGUGGAGCAUCAUUCUGCACUGGCAGGUGAAAGAUGUCAUGAAGGACGUCAUGUCAGACCUGCAACAGACGAACAGUGAGAAGAUCCUGCUGAGCUGGGUACGUCAGACCACCAGGCCCUACAGCCAAGUCAAUGUCCUCAACUUCACCACCAGCUGGACUGAUGGACUCGCCUUCAAUGCUGUGCUCCACCGACACAAACCCGAUCUCUUCAGCUGGGACAGAGUGGUCAGCAUGUCCCCCAUUGAGAGACUUGAACAUGCUUUUAGCAAGGCCCAGACACAUUUGGGAAUUGAAAAGCUGUUAGAUCCUGAAGAUGUGGCUGUGCAGCUCCCUGACAAGAAAUCCAUAAUUAUGUAUUUAACAUCUUUGUUUGAGGUGCUUCCUCAACAAGUCACCAUAGAUGCCAUCCGAGAGGUAGAGACGCUCCCAAGGAAAUACAAGAAAGAGUGUGAGGAGGAUGCCCUUAACAUACAGAGUGCUGAGUUAGUAGAAGAGCAUCGCAGUCCCCGAGCUGAGACCCCCAGUACCAUCACUGAUGGCAACACGGAUCUGGACAGCUACCAGGUAGCAUUGGAAGAAGUGCUCACCUGGCUGUUGUCUGCUGAGGACACCUUCCAGGAGCAAGAUGACAUUUCUGAUGACGUUGAAGAAGUCAAAGACCAGUUUGCCACCCAUGAAACUUUCAUGAUGGAGCUGACGGCACAUCAGAGCAGUGUGGGGAACGUCCUGCAGGCCGGCAACCAGCUGAUGACACAGGGCACUCUGUCUGAUGAGGAGGAGUUUGAGAUUCAGGAACAGAUGACACUGCUCAAUGCGAGGUGGGAGGCACUCAGAGUAGAGAGCAUGGAGAGGCAAUCUCGGCUGCACGAUGUGCUGAUGGAACUGCAGAAGCAGCAGCUGCAGCAGCUCUCAGGUUGGCUAACCCUCACGGAGGAACGCAUUCAGAAGAUGGAAACCUGCCCACUGGGUGAAGACCUGCCAGCCCUGCAGAAGCUGCUCGAAGAACAUAAAAGUUUGCAAAAUGAUCUUGAGGCUGAACAAGUGAAGGUAAAUUCUUUGACCCACAUGGUGGUGAUCGUUGAUGAAAACAGUGGUGAGAGUGCGACGGCUGUUCUGGAAGACCAGCUACAGAAACUUGGUGAGCGCUGGACUGCCGUGUGCCGCUGGACAGAAGAACGCUGGAAUAGGUUGCAAGAAAUCAAUAUAUUGUGGCAGGAAUUAUUGGAAGAACAGUGCUUGUUGAAAGCUUGGCUCACAGAAAAAGAAGAGGCUUUGAAUAAAGUUCAGACCAGCAGCUUCAAAGACCAAAAGGAACUGAGUGUCAGUGUUCGGCGUCUGGCUAUUUUGAAGGAAGACAUGGAGAUGAAGAGGCAAACGUUGGACCAGUUGAGUGAGAUUGGCCAGGAUGUGGGUCAGUUACUCAGUAACCCCAAGGCAUCUGAGAAGAUGAACAGUGACUCUGAGGAACUGACGCAGAGAUGGGAUUCUUUGGUUCAGAAACUAGAAGAUUCCUCCAACCAGGUGACUCAGGCGGUGGCAAAGGUGGGCAUGUCACAGAUCCCUCAGAAGGAUCUUUUGGAGACUGUUCGUGUAAGAGACCAAGGAGCGACAAAAAAGUCCAAGCAGGAGCUGCCUCCUCCUCCCCCCCCAAAGAAGAGACAGAUCCAUGUGGAUAUGGAAGCCAAAAAAAAGUUUGAUGCUGUAAGUGCAGAGCUGUUGAACUGGAUUUUGAAAUCAAAGAGUGCCACUCAGAACCUGGAGAUAAAAGAGUUUAAGAAGAUGCAGGAGACUGCAGGAAUAAACAAAAAGUUGAAGGGAUUAGAAAAAGAACAGACAGAAAGAAGUCCCCGACUGGAUGAACUGAAUCAAACUGGACAGAUCCUUCUGGAGCAGAUGGGAAGAGAAGGUCUUUCAACUGAAGAAAUAAAAAAUGUUCUGGAAAGGGUUUUAUCAGAGUGGAAGACUGUAUCUCAGCAGCUGGAAGAUCUGGCAAGAAAGAUUCAGCUUCAGGAAGAUAUGAAUGCUUAUUUUAAGCAGCUUGAUGCCCUUGAGACGAUCGUCAAAAGGAAAGAGAAGUGGCUUCAGGACACAGCCAUCUCCGAAUCCCCUGGGCAGUCCUUGUCAAGCUUAAAGGAAUCCUGCCAGAGGGAGCUGACAGAGCUCCUCGGCCUCCAUCCCAGAAUUGAGAUAGUGCUCGCAAGCUGCUCAUCCCUGAAGUCUCAACCUUCUGCCCCAGGUUUUGUCCAGCAGGGUUUUGAUGACUUUCUAAGUCACUACCAGGCUGUACAGAAGGACCUUGGGGAUCGUCAACGACAACUCGAGACGGAACUGAAGAGCCAACCUACACCUGCUUAUUUGGACACAUUGAACACACUGAAAGAGAUGCUAAACAAGACAGACAAUCAGGCCCAGACAUCUCUGAAUACCCUUGAUGACCUCACAAAGAUGGAGAAGGCCCUGCAAGAAAAAAAGGCCCUUGAUGAAAUCCUUGAGAAUCAAAAACCUAUAUUACAUAAACUUUCAGAGGAAACAAAGGCUUUAGAAAAAAAUGUGCUUCCUGAUGUAGAAAGAGUGUAUAAACAAGAAUUUGAUGAGGCCCAAGGAAAAUGGAAUAAAAUAAAAGCCACCGUUUCCAAAGACUUACAUUUGCUAGAAGACGUUACCUCCAGACUCAGAGCUUUUGAGGCUGAUUCAAAAGUUAUUGAGAAGUGGAUGGAUGGUGUGAAAGACUUCUUGAUGAAAGAGCAGGCUGCCCAAGGAGAUGCCCUGGGUCUACGGAGGCAGCUUGACCAAUGUGGGGCAUUUGUUAAUGAAAUAGAAGCAAUUGAAUCAUCUCUGAGAAACAUGAAAGAAAUAGAGACUGAUCUUCAAAGCUGUCCAGUCACUGGAAUCAAAACAUGGGUGCAGACAAGAAUAGUUGACUGCCAAGUUCAACUGGAGAAAUUCAGCAAGGAGAUUGCUAUUCAAAAGAGUAGGUUGUCUGAUAGUCAGGAAAAAGCUGUGAACUUGAAGAAGGACUUGGCUGAGAUGCAGGAGUGGAUGGCCCAGGCAGAAGAGGAAUACCUGGAGAGGGACUUCGAGUAUAAGUCUCCCGAAGAACUGGAGAAUGCUGUGGAAGAAAUGAAGAGGGCGAAAGAGGAUGUGUUGCAGAAGGAGGUGAGGGUGAAGAUUCUCAAGGACAGCAUCAAGUUGCUGGCUGCCAAGGUGCCCUCUGGUGGCCAGGAGUUGACGUCGGAGCUCAAUGUGGUGCUGGAGAGCUAUCAGCUUCUCUGUAACAGAAUUCGAGGAAAGUGCCACACACUAGAGGAAGUCUGGUCUUGUUGGAUUGAACUGCUUCACUAUUUGGAUCUUGAAACCACCUGGCUGAACAUGUUGGAGGAGCGUGUGAAGAGUACAGAGGCCCUGCCAGAGAGAACAGAUGCUGUCAACGAAGCCCUGGAGUCUCUGGAAUCUGUUUUGCGUCACCCAGCAGAUAAUCGCACUCAGAUUCGGGAACUUGGACAGACUCUGAUUGAUGGUGGGAUCCUGGAUGACAUAAUCAGUGAGAAACUGGAGGCUUUUAAUAGCCGCUUUGAGGACCUGAGUCACUUGGCGGAGAGCAAACAGAUUUCUCUGGAAAAGCAACUCCAGGCCCUGCGUGAAGCCGACCACAUGCUCCAGGUGCUACAGGAGAGCCUGGGGGAGCUCGAUAAACAGCUCACCACGUAUCUGACUGACAGGGUUGACGCGUUCCAACUGCCACAGGAAGCUCAGAAAAUCCAAGCAGAGAUCUCGGCCCAUGAGCUCACUCUAGAGGAGCUGAGAAGGAAUCUCCGUUCCCAGCCCCCAACCUCCCCAGAGGGCAGGACGACCAGAGGAGGAAGUCAGAUGGAUGCACUGCAGAGGAAACUUCGAGAGGUAUCCACAAAAUUCCAGCUGUUUCAGAAGCCUGCAAAUUUCGAGCAGCGCAUGCUUGACUGCAAACGUGUCCUGGAUGGAGUGAAAGCUGAGCUGCAUGUCCUGGAUGUGAAGGAUGUUGAGCCUGAAGUCAUCCAGACCCACUUGGACAAGUGCAUGAAACUGUACAAAACUUUGAGUGAAGUCAAACUUGAGGUUGAGACUGUCAUCAAAACGGGAAGGCACAUUGUCCAGAAGCAGCAAACGGACAACCCGAAGGGAAUGGAUGAGCAGCUGACAUCCCUCAAGGUUCUCUACAAUGACCUGGGUGCACAGGUGACAGAAGGAAAACAGGACCUUGAAAGAGCCUCUCAGCUGUCCCGGAAGAUGAAGAAAGAGGCUGCCAUCCUCGCUGAAUGGCUUUCUGCCACAGAAGCAGAGUUGGUGCAGAAGUCCACAUCAGAGGGCGUGCUGGGGGACCUGGACAUGGAAAUCUCCUGGGCUAAAAAUAUUCUGAAGGAUCUGGAAAAGAGAAAAGCUGACUUAAAUGUCAUCACAGAGAGCAGUGCUUCUCUCCAACAUCUGGUCUCGGGCAGUGAGUCUGUUUUAGAAGAGAAGCUGUGUGUCCUCAAUGCUGGGUGGAGCCGAGUUCGUACCUGGACAGAGGAUUGGUGCAAUACCUUGCUGAACCAUCAGAACCAACUGGAGAUAUUUGAUGGACAUGUUGCUCACAUCAGUACCUGGCUUUAUCAAGCCGAAGCACUAUUGGAUGAGAUUGAAAAAAAGCCAGCGAGUAAACAGGAAGAAAUUGUGAAGCGUUUAUUGUUUGAGCUGGAUGAUGCCAGCCUCCAGGUUGAGAAUGUUCGUGAACAAGCCUUGGUUUUGCUGAACGCUCGUGGAAGUGCGGGCAGGGAGCUUGUAGAGCCGAAAUUAGCAGAGCUGAACAGAAACUUUGAAAAGGUGUCUCAACACAUCAAAAGUGCCCAAAUGGAUGAGGAGCGAGCCCAGAUUGAGGAAGUUCUAGGAAGAGGAGAACAAAUGUUGCAUGAACCCAUGGAAGACAAUAAGAAAGAAAAGAUCCGUUUGCAGUUGUUACUUUUACAUACAAGAUAUAACAAAGUUAAGACAAUUCCUAUUCAACAGAGGAGAACAAUUCCACUUUCUUCUGGAAUUAGAUCAUCGGCCCUUCCUGCAGAUUAUCUGCUUGAAAUUAACAAAAUUUUACUCAGUAUGGAUAAUGUCGAAUUAUCACUUAAUGUUCCUGAGCUAAGUACCACUGUCUAUGAAGACAUCUCUUUUCAGGAAGGCUCUCUGAAGAAUAUCAAAGAUCAGCUGGACAGACUUGGAGAACAGAUUGCAGUUGUUCAUGAAAAGCAGCCAGAUGUCAUUCUUGAAGCCUCUGGUUCCGAAGCUAUUCAGAUCCGGGACACACUUGCUCAGCUGAAUGCAAAGUGGGACAGAGUGAAUAGAGUGUACAGUGAUCGGAAGGGGUCUUUUGACAGGGCUGUGGAGGAGUGGAGGCAGUUCCACUGUGAUCUCAGUGACCUCACACAUUGGGUCUCAGAAGCUGAAGAGCUGCUGCUUGAUACCUGUGCUCCCGAUGGCAGCCUGGACCUGGAGAAAGCCAGGGCACACCAGCCGGAACUGGAAAUGGGAAUCAGCAACCACCAGCCCAGCAUGACCGCUGUCAACCAAACUGGGGAGAGUAUUGUGCAGCGACUCUGCCCCUAUGAUGGAAGCUUCCUGAAGGAUAAGCUGGCAGGUUUAAACCAGCGCUGGGGUGCUGUUGUUACUGAGGUGAAGGAUCGGCAGCCCAGGCUAGAAGGAGAAAAUAAGGAGGUACUGGAAUACAGGAGACAGCUAGAUGCGCUUAUCUGCUGGUUAACCAGGGUGGACACUGCUGUGCAGAAGAUGUCAACCACUGAACUGGGGGAAAACUGGCAAGAAUUAACAGACUUAACCCAAGAGAUGGAACUGCAAGCCGACAAGCUCAAAUGGCUGAACAGAACAGAACUGGAAAUGCUUUCCGAUGAAAGCCUGAGUUUGCGUCAAAGAGAUAAACUUUCAGAAAGUUUAAGAACUGUAAAUGCGAUGUGGAAUAAGAUAUGCAAAGAAUUGCCUGGCAUACAGAAGAUACGCACCCAGGAGCCUUGCUUGGCUUCACAGAUGAGAGUUGCUGCUCAUCCUAACGUCCAAAAGGUGGUACUGCUGUCGUCUGCAUCAGACACUCCUGUGCGUGCCCCAGAGAUCUCUGUUCCUGCUGAUCUGGAUAAAACCAUCACAGAACUGGCCGAUUGGCUGGUAUUGAUCGACCAAAUGCUGAAGUCCAACAUUGUGACUGUGGGGGAUGUGGAAGAGAUCAAUAAGACAGUUUCCCGGAUGAAAAUCACAAAGGCUGACUUGGAACAGCGCCACCCUCAGCUUGAUUUUGUUUUUACAUUGGCACAGAAUUUGAAAAACAAAGCUUCUAGUUCCGAUGUGAGAACAGCAAUCACAGAAAAAUUGGAAAAGGUGAAGACCCAGUGGGAGAGCACGCAGCAUGGUGUGGAGCUGCGGCAGAGGCAGCUUGAGGACAUGAUCUCAGAUAGCCUGCGGUGGGAUGACCACAGGGAGGAGACUGAAGAACUCAUGAGAAAAUUCGAGGCUCGGCUCUACAUGCUUCAGCAGGCCAGACGGGAUCCACUUAGCAAACAGAUUUCUGAUAACCAGCUAUUGCUUCAAGAACUGGGAUCUGGUGAUGGAGUCAUCAUGGCAUUCAAUAACGUUCUGCAGAAACUCCUGGAAGAAUAUGGUAAUGAUGACACAAGGAAUGUCAAAGAAACCACUGAGUACUUGAAAACAUCAUGGAUCAAUCUCAAACAGAGCGUGGCUGACAGACAGAGUGCCUUAGAGGCUGAGGUUCGGACAGUGCAGGCCUCUCAUAGAGAUCUGGAAAACUUCAUGAAGUGGCUUCAGGAGGCAGAAACCACGGCGAAUGUGCUUGCGGAUGCGUCUCAGAGGGAGAAUGCUCUUCAGGACAGUGUCCUGGCCCGGGAGCUCAGACAGCAGAUGCUGGACAUCCAGGCAGAAAUUGAUGCCCACAAUGACAUAUUUAAAAGCAUUGAUGGAAACAGGCAGAAGAUGGUAAAAGCUUUGGGGAAUUCUGAGGAGGCUACAAUGCUUCAGCAUCGACUUGAUGACAUGAACCAAAGAUGGAAUGACUUAAAAGCAAAAUCUGCUAGCAUCAGGGCCCAUUUGGAGGCCAGUGCGGAGAAGUGGAACAGGUUGCUGGCAUCUUUAGAAGAGAUGAUCAAAUGGCUAAACAUGAAAGAUGAAGAGCUUAAGAAACAGAGGCCCAUUGGAGGAGAUGUCCCUGCCUUGCAGCUCCAGCACGACCACUGCAAGGCACUGAGACAUGAAUUAAAGGAGAAAGAGUAUUCUGUCCUGAAUGCUGUAGACCAAGCUCGAGUUUUCCUGGCUGAUCAGCCCAUAGAGGCCCCUGAAGAACCAAGAAGAAACCUCCAAUCAAAAACAGAAUUGACUCCUGAGGAGAGAGCCCAAAGGCUUGCCAAAGCUAUGCGCAAACAAUCUUCUGAAGUCAAAGAGAAGUGGGAAAAUCUGAAUGUCGGGACAAGCAACUGGCAAAAGCAAGUGGACAAGGCAUUAGAGAAACUCCGCGACCUUCAGGGAGCCAUGGAUGACCUAGAUGUGGACAUGAAGGAGGCAGAGGCCGUGCGGAAUGUCUGGAAGCCAGUGGGAGACCUGCUCAUCGACUCCCUGCAGGAUCACAUUGAAAAAACUAUGGCAUUUAGAGAAGAAAUUGCACCCAUCAACUUGAAAGUUAAAACCGUGAAUGACCUGUCAAGUCAGCUGUCUCCACUUGAUCUGCAUCCGUCUCUAAAGAUGUCUCGCCAGCUGGAUGACCUUAAUAUGCGAUGGAAACUUCUACAGGUUUCUGUGGAUGAUCGCCUUAAGCAGCUUCAGGAAGCCCACAGAGAUUUUGGGCCAUCUUCUCAACACUUUCUGUCUACUUCAGUCCAGCUGCCCUGGCAAAGAUCCAUUUCACAUAAUAAAGUGCCCUAUUAUAUCAACCAUCAAACACAGACAACAUGUUGGGAUCAUCCUAAGAUGACUGAACUCUUUCAAUCCCUUGCUGAUCUGAAUAAUGUACGUUUCUCUGCCUACCGCACUGCAAUCAAAAUCCGAAGACUGCAGAAAGCAUUAUGUUUGGAUCUCCUAGAGCUGAAUACAACAAAUGAAGUUUUCAAGCAGCACAAAUUGAACCAAAAUGAUCAGCUCCUGACGGUGCCAGAUGUCAUCAACUGUCUGACCACAACUUACGAUGGGCUCGAACAAUUGCACAAGGACCUGGUCAAUGUUCCUCUCUGUGUGGAUAUGUGUCUCAACUGGUUACUCAAUGUAUAUGACACGGGUCGAACUGGAAAAAUUAGAGUGCAGAGUCUGAAGAUUGGACUAAUGUCUCUCUCCAAAGGUCUCCUAGAAGAAAAAUACAGAUAUCUCUUCAAGGAGGUGGCAGGACCAACGGAGAUGUGUGACCAAAGGCAGCUCGGCCUGUUGCUUCACGAUGCCAUCCAGAUCCCUCGGCAGCUGGGGGAAGUAGCAGCUUUCGGGGGCAGUAACAUUGAGCCCAGUGUUCGCAGCUGCUUCCAACAGAAUAACAACAAGCCAGAGAUCAGUGUGAAGGAGUUUAUAGACUGGAUGCGUUUGGAGCCACAGUCCAUGGUUUGGCUGCCUGUCCUACAUCGCGUGGCAGCUGCUGAGACUGCAAAACAUCAGGCCAAAUGCAACAUCUGCAAAGAAUGUCCAAUUGUUGGGUUCAGGUAUAGAAGUCUAAAGCAUUUUAACUAUGACGUCUGCCAGAGUUGCUUUUUUUCUGGUCGAACAGCAAAAGGUCACAAACUACAUUACCCUAUGGUGGAAUAUUGCAUACCUACAACAUCUGGGGAGGAUGUGCGAGACUUCACGAAGGUGCUGAAGAACAAGUUCAGGUCCAAGAAGUAUUUUGCCAAACACCCUCGGCUUGGCUACCUGCCAGUCCAGACAGUGCUGGAAGGAGACCACUUAGAGACUCCUAUCACGCUCAUCAGUAUGUGGCCAGAGCACUAUGACCCUUCACAGUCUCCUCAGCUGUUUCAUGAUGACACCCACUCAAGAAUAGAGCAGUAUGCCACACGACUGGCCCAAAUGGAAAGGACGAACGGGUCUUUCUUGACUGACAGCAGCUCCACAACAGGAAGUGUGGAGGACGAGCAUGCCCUCAUCCAGCAGUACUGCCAGACACUGGGCGGGGAGUCUCCCGUGAGCCAGCCGCAGAGUCCAGCGCAGAUCCUGAAGUCGGUAGAAAGGGAAGAACGUGGAGAACUGGAGCGGAUUAUUGCUGACCUGGAGGAAGAACAAAGAAAUCUGCAGGUAGAAUAUGAGCAACUGAAGGAGCAGCACCUGAGAAGGGGGCUCCCUGUGGGCUCCCCUCCAGACUCCAUCGUAUCGCCUCAUCACACAUCCGAGGACUCAGAGCUUAUAGCGGAAGCAAAGCUCCUUCGGCAGCACAAAGGGCGGCUGGAGGCAAGGAUGCAGAUUUUGGAAGAUCAUAAUAAACAGCUGGAAUCUCAGCUGCACCGCCUCCGACAGCUGCUGGAACAGCCUGAAUCCGAUUCGCGCAUCAACGGUGUCUCCCCCUGGGCCUCACCACAGCAUUCUGCAGUAAGCUACUCGCUUGACCCGGACCCAGGUCCACCGUUCCACCAAGCAGCUGAGGACCUGCUGGCCCCACCUCAUGACACAAGCACUGACCUCACGGAGGUCAUGGAGCAGAUCAACAGUUCAUUUCCAUCUUGCUGCCCAAAUGUCCCCAGCAGGCCACAGGCCAUGUGAAGCAUUCAUCCAGCCAACCAAUAUUUCCUGACCUUCAGUAUUGCCCUCUUCUGCAAAUGCCAAUUCCAAAUCCCAUUCCACCCAAAGCUCCAUGGCUCCACGACAUGCUGAGGAAGCCGACUGUGUGUUCCACUGAGGGAGUAAAACACUGACUAUCCAAAGAGAAAAGGAUAUUUUUUUUUAUAAUAACCAUAUAUUAUUGCUUUUUUCUCCCCUUUCUAUGCAACUGUAAAUUAAUGAACAGAAAGGUGUUUAGAGAUGGUAAUACGUUUGCCACUGAUUUGUAUAAUGUACACAGCGUUGGGAAGUGGGUGGGGGCUUUCUAAUAUGAAACUGUCUUUUUAAUAACCGUGAGAAAAAUUGCAUAAGAAUCAGACCACUUUACAUUUUUACAUUCCUUCUGCUGUUCAUAUUAACCUUGUAUGAUAACAUCAUUUAUUAUUUGACUAUUUUACCAUUAUAUUUUGGUUAUUUAUAAUUCAGUCACGUGACCAAAUACAUUCUGUGUAUUUGUUUCCAUGAUUUGGCCAAAUUAAUAAGUUCAUAUAUUUGAAUAAAAUAUUUUAUAUAUAUGGAUUAGACAGCAACUCUGAAUAUACUAUUUAACUUUAUUUGGCAUCACAUACACUCACUUCCACAGUGACCACUGGAUGAGCCACAAAAAUCCUAUGGACCUAAAUGGCAAGUCUACUGGGAUUUCUUUUUUCUGCCCUUUAUUCUUUUCUUGUAAGUAGAUCUUGGUUUAUUUAUUUCAUCUUGCAGUCUAUAUGAUAAUAGAGAAGACUGCAUUGUAAUCAUUUCAAAGAUCAUUUUACCAAAGGUUGCCCGUUUAAGCAUACUUUCAUUUUGAUGCAGAAAUAAAACUUGGUACAACCUUCCCUCCCCCUUCAGUCUUGGUUUUGAACAUGAGACACAGCAGAUUUUUACCCAUUGUGAGACCAAAACACAUCAUGGUCUUUAGCUCCCUUUGAAAAUAAUUUUGUUUUUUAUUUCAAGUCCUUUGUAAUUCUUGAAACUCCUAGUCUUUUUCUUUCCAAAAGUAGACAUAAAUUUAGUGCACGUCUCAUUUUAUCAUUUGGGUAAAUGGACAGAUGGCUCAUGAUCAGCACAUUUAGGAGGGAUGUCAAUCAAAAGCCAAUGUCACUGCUUCUACAGAUGAAUGAAAUUAAUGCUUAAAUGAUUGUACCCCUGCCUCUACUUUUGAGUGCAUUCAAUUGGGUAUUUGUUUCUUUUUUUUUUUAUUUAACCUUAAAUUAAUUACCAACUGUAGAGAAACCAAAAAUCAAGGUAAAGGUAAUAUGUUUUGAUUCAAACAUAUGUGCUUUUAAAACAUCAGGACAUUUUAACUUUGGGUUCUCUUUUACUGGGAUCUGGCCUGAAGGAGGCUUAAAGUCAGAAAUUGCUAUUUUUAGGAUAGGCUGGGUGGGUUGGGGGGCAAGGGUGACUAUUUGCAGCAUAGAUAUUUUGAAAAGAAGAAAAUUGUUUUAUAUAAGAGGAAAGCCAUGAUCACCUUUCUACCUCAGAACCAUCUUCCACCAUCGUGUUGGACAUAGCUUUACGCGCCUAAUCUGCAAAGCCUAGGGCUUUCAUCAGUCCAUUUCAUACCGAAGAAAGCGCCUGUUUAAACCAUAGCAACAGAAGACUCCCCGAAUUCAGAACUCCCAAAUUGUAGAUUUGUUGUCUUCCUUGUUCUUACUUUGAGAAGUCAUGUAUUCAUUUUAGUUCUGCCUGUAUUUGUAUGCAGAAUGUUCUCUAUCUGCUCUUACAGAAAAAGCUACAUAAAACACUACAUUGUAAUCUUCUGCAUAAUAAGAGGAAAUAUAUUGCAGUAACAAUGGGAAAUAAAUAUGUUGUACUUUUGAAAUAUGCAGUAAAGAAGUAAUCAUAGACUGUCAUCUAAUCUGGUUACACAUUGUGUUUUUCAUCCCAAAUAAAAGUAAUUUUAACACAAAA